AUGAUUCGCCCUGCUGAGUGUGCCUUGGGGCGGCCCAUCGCCUUGGGCGCGGCCUUCCGAGCGAGCUCGCAGGGCAUGUUCUUCAGACGUCCGAGUGGCAGAGCGGGGGAGCAGGCCUCCACGCCACUGCUGGCCCCCUUGCUGAAACAAGAGCUCGAGGCGCUACCAGAGUCGAGCCGGGACUAUGUGGCCAAGUGCAUGAGGCACAAGGCGAGUGAAAGGCCACACGCCUCAGACAUCCUCGAAGGGUGGUGAGCGGCUAAGCGGGGCGCGGACGCAAGUCAAAGAAAGAAGUCUCCCACAGAUACAUCCCAGUGGAAGACCAGGAUUGAAUUGCCAGCUCCGUUUCAAUGCCCGAUUUUGAGGUUGUUCUUCUCCUGGUGUGGGUGACAGGUUGCUCCCAACAUCUUAAAUCCAAUAGGGACACACUUCGAAGAAAUGUUGCGAG